AAGAAGAUCCGGCUCCAGAGUUGUCAGCAGCAGCAGUUCUUACAGAGUUAAACACCGGUAUAAAAUAGGGAUCGUAGCGCAGCAAACCUCACCAGAAAGCCCCAUAAAAGGGUUGUAAAUAAUCACUAAAAGCGUGACGGACCCAGACUUGUAUUUAUUUUGUAUAUAUCGCUGACAACAAGUAGUUAGUUAGCAUUAGCUGCUAAGCGUGGAGCUGUCGGGGAGUCAUGUCUGCGGCCGGAGACUUCGGAAACCCUUUAAGGAAGUUCAAACUGGUCUUCCUCGGGGAACAGAGUGUGGGAAAGACUUCAUUGAUCACUAGAUUCAUGUACGACAGCUUUGACAAUACCUACCAAGCAACAAUAGGAAUAGACUUCCUAUCAAAAACCAUGUACCUUGAAGACAGAACAAUCAGGUUGCAGUUGUGGGAUACAGCAGGACAGGAGCGAUUUCGAAGCCUCAUCCCAAGUUACAUAAGAGACUCUGCUGCUGCUGUCGUAGUGUACGACAUCACAAAUGUCAACUCGUUCCAGCAAACCACAAAAUGGAUUGAUGAUGUAAGAACAGAGAGAGGAAGUGAUGUCAUCAUCAUGUUGGUGGGAAACAAGACAGACCUUGCUGACAAAAGGCAAGUAUCUAUUGAAGAGGGUGAGCGGAAAGCCAAAGAACUAAAUGUAAUGUUUAUUGAGACUAGUGCAAAAGCGGGCUACAAUGUAAAGCAGCUUUUCCGUCGUGUGGCAGCUGCCCUCCCUGGUAUGGAUACCACACAAGACAAGAGUAGAGAGGACAUGAUUGACAUCAAGUUGGAGAAGCCACCAGAGCAGCCUGUCAGUGAAGGAGGGUGCUCCUGCUAAUCUUCAUGCCUUUGUUGUAGGCUUCGUUUCUGGAACCAGUCUCUCUCUCUCUCUUUUUUACAUACACGUACCCUUCACUACACCCCUGUCUGUUGUCCAACUUGAGUGAGAACACUACAUCCGUUAUCCUUGCAGCUGUGAAAUCUGCUGCUGCACAUGCUCUGAAAGUCACACAUCUGUUAAAUUGAAAACUUGCACUAUAACACACGUGCAUUGACACAGUAUUUAAAAUUGAUAUUGGUACAGGAUUAAUAAGCCACAGCAGUGCAGUUUUGUCUCUAAUGCUGAUGCGUUAAACCAAACAGCAAGAAAAUGUGUAUACACUGUUAUCAAAAUGAGGUAUGUGUUUUAGAGUGAUAUUAUUUCUUACAAAGUUAAAUAUUGCUUCCACCUUAAUAAGCACAAUGUGGAUGUUUAUAUUUGAUGUAUGACAUGUGUGCCGUUGCAAUUGAUCGACAUUGUUUUUGUUUGUUUUUUUUUCUAAACUUUGACUGGCCUCUACCUGCAGAGCCACUUCUCAACAUUUACAAGCAAAGAGCAACAAGCAUGAAAAAUAGAAACAAACACUGAAACUUAAGUCACACUAGAUCAUCAAAGUCCUUGAUAAAAACACUACAAGUUUUAAUCUCCUAUAUUCACCGUCCUUCCCCUCCUCGUGCACAUAUCCGAUGGUAUAGAUUAUUUUUAACCUUGGCUUCCAUUUUGUAUUCUUUUUUUAUUUACAUAGAUUUUUUUUCCCCCCUUAAAACUACAGCUGCAGUGUCAUAGUUUUUUUUUCUUUUUCUUGUGUUUCAAGGAGGAUUUUCUUUUUCCCAACAUGUUACUCAUAAUAAAAAGAAAAUCAACAUUUUGACUUUAUUUCCUGAGGUGUUGGUGAAAUCUGUACAGCGCUUGGAUCAAAUUAGCUCAUGGAUUACGUACAAAGUUACCCCUUUCAGCUGUGUCUUUACAUCCCUGUUUACAGCAGCUGCUUUUAGGGCAUCAACAGGGUAGUCUGCUUUACAGCUUCCAAGGUACUACAAAUGCAAAACUUCAAAAUGAGUGGAGAUAAAGAUGGGGAAGCUGAACAAGUCUACUCCUAAUUGGAUCUGUGAUGUCACAGGACCCUGUACAUAUAUUUCCAGAUGUGUGCGGCCCCAGACACAGUGGUGGAGUUAUUUUAUCCCUCAAGUUUCUCUCAACCACAGUUGUUUUUUUAUUCUUAAUAUAUUCCCUCAAAUCCUCCUUAAACAACUUAAGUAUGGCGAUGUAUGCCUUUUGGUGUAAAGCUUUUGGAAAGCCUCCUUGGCUCUGGGUUUAGAUAAGUUUGGUAUGACCUUGUACAAACACUUUAAAGGCUAUGAUUUAUUUUGCUUGUUUUUACUUUUGGCAUUGAUCUUUUGUUAGUGAUUUAUCAACAUGUGUAUUUAAUCUAAAAUGACUUGGCAUAUUUAUUUCUAUUGGAUUCGUGCUUCUUUUAUAUGGCUGUUAAUAUCUUCACUUUUGGUAAAGAGACCUGAAUCACUAAUAAAAUAUGCAUCCAUCUGGACCACCUUUAACAGAAGCAGGGUGUCUGCUGUUCCGUCUGCUAUCACUAAAUGGGAGUUUGAUCAUACCGAUGAUAAUGUGCAAUUUUGUGUGAACAUGUGGGAAAGAGUCCGAUUUGUAUAGCAUAGUUGUCCUUAACGUUUCUCUCUGCAAUGAUUUUAAAUAAAAGAAUAAAUAUAGAGUUGCCACCAAAA